AUGACGGAGUGGACUCUGCUCAAAAGACUCCUGGAUGCUGUCCACCAGCACUCCACCAUGAUUGGUCGCCUUUGGCUUACAGUCAUGGUUAUUUUUCGGCUGCUCAUUGUUGCAGUGGCGACUGAGGACGUGUACACCGACGAACAGGAGAUGUUCGUGUGCAACACAUUGCAGCCAGGAUGCUCUACUGUCUGUUAUGAUGCAUUUGCUCCCAUUUCCCAACCUCGUUUCUGGGUUUUCCACAUUAUCAGCGUCUCCACACCAUCCCUUUGCUUCAUCAUCUACACUUGGCACAACUUGUCCAAGCUGCCACAGCACACCACUCAGAGGCAGAUGUACGACCGGAGCUGCGACUCAGACAGCUGCUCCAUUCGCUCUCAUAAGCACCUAGGUCACAGCUUGGCAGACGUGCUUGAAGGCAUCCCAGCUCAGAGCUGUGCAGAGGUGGUCUCUGGGGGGGUUCUGUCCAAAUGUUACAUCUUCCAUGUGUGUUUGCGGGCUGUCCUGGAGUUGGGAUUUGUUCUGGCUCAAUGGAAGCUGUUUGGCUUUCAAGUACCUGUCCAUUUCUUGUGUACUUCAGCCCCUUGCAGCCAGCCAGUGGACUGCUACAUCUCCAGACCCACAGAGAAGACCAUCUUCUUGCUCUUUAUGUUCUGUGUGGGUGUUUUCUGUAUCCUGCUUAAUCUGCUGGAGCUCAAUCAUCUGGGCUGGAAGAAGAUCCGGCUGGCUGUGAAACUCAGGGAGAAGGUGUCCUCAGGAGGAUGUCCAGGUAUAAAGGGGGGUUAUGAAACCUUCCCUCCUGACAGUCACUCUCUCACAUCUUGUUUAGGUUUUAGGGAAGUAACCAGCACCACCUCUCUGCCCACUUUGGACCUGGUGGUUGGUCACCAGCCUGAGUGGACCUGUGCUGGGAACUGUGCCAGAGUUGGGGGGCCUUGGGAGGUAAAAGAGACUAGACCGGAACAAUCAAAAAGACAGGACUCCCAUAAAGAAGAGAGGCAGCCUCUUACGAGUAAAAGGGAGAUCAGGGGGACCAAGCAGAGGAUUACUGAGGUUUGGAUCUAG